AGACUGACUGCCAGGUCGCCCGCAUCCUGGUGCCGCAGGAGCGAGGAAGCGCGCCUCGGCCUUGUUCCCCAGCCUUCGUCCAGGCGCCCGCCGCGCCUUUCUGAGCCCCAGAGACCGAGCACCUGUCCUCCGCCUGGGCCUCAGCUGAGCCCCUCUCCCCCGGAGCACAUACGACCCCUGCAGCAGCAGAAGUACCCCAGCCCCACGCCGGCGACCACCAUGGCCGAGACCAACAACGAAUGUAGCAUCAAGGUGCUCUGCCGAUUUCGGCCCCUAAACCAGGCCGAGAUUCUGCGGGGCGACAAGUUCAUCCCCAUUUUCCAAGGGGACGACAGCGUCGUUAUUGGGGGGAAGCCAUAUAUCUUUGACCGUGUAUUCCCUCCAAACACGACUCAGGAGCAAGUUUAUCAUGCGUGUGCCAUGCAGAUUGUCAAAGAUGUCCUUGCUGGCUACAAUGGCACCAUUUUUGCUUAUGGACAGACAUCCUCAGGGAAGACACAUACUAUGGAGGGAAAGCUGCAUGACCCCCAGCUGAUGGGAAUCAUUCCUCGAAUUGCCCAAGACAUCUUCAACCACAUCUACUCCAUGGAUGAGAACCUUGAGUUCCACAUCAAGGUUUCCUACUUCGAGAUUUACCUGGACAAAAUCCGUGACCUUCUGGAUGUGACCAAGACAAAUCUGUCUGUGCACGAGGACAAGAACCGAGUACCGUUUGUCAAGGGUUGUACCGAGCGCUUUGUGUCCAGCCCAGAAGAAAUUUUAGAUGUGAUUGAUGAAGGGAAAUCAAAUCGUCAUGUGGCUGUCACCAACAUGAAUGAACACAGCUCUCGAAGCCAUAGCAUCUUCCUCAUCAAUAUCAAGCAGGAGAAUAUGGAGACCGAGCAGAAGCUCAGUGGGAAGCUGUAUCUAGUGGACCUGGCAGGGAGCGAGAAGGUCAGCAAGACUGGAGCAGAGGGAGCUGUGCUGGACGAGGCCAAGAAUAUCAACAAGUCCCUGUCAGCCCUGGGGAACGUGAUCUCUGCGCUGGCUGAGGGCACAAAAAGCUACGUUCCAUAUCGUGACAGCAAAAUGACACGGAUUCUCCAGGACUCCUUGGGAGGAAACUGCCGGACAACCAUGUUCAUCUGCUGCUCACCGUCCAACUACAACGAUGCGGAGACUAAGUCCACCCUGAUGUUUGGACAGCGGGCAAAGACCAUUAAGAACACUGCCUCCGUGAAUCUGGAGUUGACUGCCGAGCAGUGGAAGAAGAAAUAUGAGAAGGAGAAGGAGAAGACAAAGGCUCAGAAGGAGACGAUUGCAAAGCUGGAGACAGAGCUGAGCCGGUGGCGCAGUGGAGAGGACGUGCCAGAGACGGAGCGCCUGGCUGGGGAGGAUGCUGCCCUGGGAGCUGAGCUCUGUGAGGAGACGCCCGUGAACGACAACUCAUCCAUCGUGGUGCGCAUCGCGCCUGAGGAGCGACAGAAGUACGAGGAGGAGAUCCGCCGCCUCUACAAGCAGCUUGAUGACAAGGAUGAUGAGAUCAACCAGCAGAGCCAACUCAUAGAGAAGCUCAAGCAGCAGAUGCUGGACCAGGAAGAGCUGCUGGUGUCCACUCGAGGAGACAACGAGAAGGUCCAGCAGGAACUGAGUCACCUGCAGUCGGAGAACGACGCCGCGAAGGACGAGGUGAAGGAAGUGCUGCAGGCACUGGAGGAGCUGGCCAUGAACUACGACCAGAAGUCCCAGGAGGUGGAAGAGAAGAGCCAGCAGAACCAGCUUCUGGUGGACGAGCUGUCUCAGAAGGUGGCCACCAUGCUGUCCCUGGAGUCUGAGUUGCAGCGGCUACAGGAGGUCAGCGGACACCAGCGAAAACGAAUUGCUGAGGUGCUGAAUGGGCUGAUGAAGGACCUGAGUGAGUUCAGUGUCAUCGUGGGCAACGGGGAGAUUAAGCUGCCGGUGGAGAUCAGCGGGGCCAUCGAGGAGGAGUUCACUGUGGCCCGACUCUACAUCAGCAAAAUCAAAUCCGAAGUCAAGUCUGUGGUUAAACGGUGCCGGCAGUUGGAGAACCUCCAGGUCGAAUGUCACCGCAAGAUGGAAGUGACUGGGCGGGAGCUCUCAUCCUGCCAGCUUCUCAUCUCCCAGCACGAGGCCAAGAUCCGCUCCCUGACGGAAUACAUGCAGAGCGUGGAGCUCAAGAAGCGGCACCUGGAAGAGUCCUAUGACUCCCUGAGUGAUGAGCUGGCCAAGCUCCAAGCCCAGGAAACUGUGCAUGAAGUGGCCCUGAAGGAUAAGGAGCCAGACACACAGGACUCAGAAGAUGUGAAGAAGGCCCUGGAGCUGCAGAUGGACAGCCACCGGGAGGCCCAUCACCGGCAGCUGGCCCGGCUCCGGGACGAGAUCAAUGAGAAGCAGAAGACCAUUGAUGAGCUCAAAGACCUGAAUCAGAAGCUCCAGUUAGAGCUGGAGAAGCUUCAGGCUGACUAUGAGAAGCUGAAGAAUGAAGAACAUGAGAAAAGCACCAAACUCCAGGAGCUGACAUUUCUGUAUGAGCGACACGAGCAGUCCAAGCAGGACCUCAAGGGUCUGGAGGAGACAGUUGCCCGGGAACUCCAGACCCUCCACAACCUUCGCAAGCUGUUCGUUCAAGACGUCACGACUCGAGUCAAGAAAAGUGCAGAAAUGGAGCCCGAGGACAGUGGGGGGAUUCACUCCCAAAAGCAGAAGAUUUCCUUUCUUGAGAACAACCUGGAACAGCUUACAAAGGUUCACAAACAGCUGGUACGUGACAAUGCAGAUCUGCGUUGUGAGCUUCCUAAGUUGGAAAAACGACUUAGGGCUACGGCUGAGAGAGUUAAGGCCCUGGAGGGUGCACUGAAGGAGGCCAAGGAGGGCGCCAUGAAGGACAAACGCCGGUACCAGCAGGAGGUGGACCGCAUCAAGGAGGCCGUUCGGUACAAGAGCUCCGGCAAACGGGGCCAUUCUGCCCAGAUUGCCAAACCCGUCCGGCCUGGCCACUACCCAGCAUCUUCACCCACCAACCCCUAUGGCACCCGGAGCCCUGAGUGCAUCAGUUACACUAACAGCCUCUUCCAGAACUACCAGAAUUUGUACCUGCAGGCUGCACCCAGCUCCACCUCAGAUACGUACUUUGCAAACUCCUGUACCAGCAGUGGGGCCACAUCUUCUGGAGGCCCCUUGGCUUCCUACCAGAAGGCCAACAUGGACAAUGGAAAUGCCACAGAUAUCAACGACAAUAGGAGUGACCUGCCAUGCGGCUACGAGGCUGAAGACCAGGCCAAGCUGUUCCCUCUCCACCAAGAGACGGCAGCCAGCUAAUCUCCCACACGGGCUGCUGCAUACCUGCACUUUCAGGUAGUUUCAGGCCGCUUCCUCUGACCAGCCUCAGGUUGCCUCCUUUCUUGCCCUCAGCUUCUUUGUUUCUCCUGCUAUUUUUUAAAUCAUCUCAAAACUUUUACUAUAUAGCUGCCCCUCAACUCCUGCUGUCCCCUCCCUGGGGCUACAUCAGAACUGCCUGGUGUCCCCUAGGCACUGGCCUCCCCUCCCCCCUUGUGCUUGGCCAUAGUGGGAACCACAGUACUGCCUUUCUGCCACUAGGGGUCGCUGCAACAUGUCAAAAGAAGUGGGCAAGGGCAGUGUCCAUCUAGAGCCCCAACACAGGUCACAGAACCUAGUAGUUAUUAGGAGACCUUGGGAGAUCUCUGUGUCCUAUACUCCUCAUAUCUGUAUAUGUCACCAAUGAGCUUUAGCAAAUGCCCCAGGAAGUCUAACUUUUUGUUCCCCUAGCUGCUGUAUCAGCAAUCCCCUCCAGUCUUGCUAGUGGAGGUGGAAAACAGCUGUGUGCCCACCUCCAAGCCCCACCUUCACCUCUGUCAUGGAUCCUCUCCCCCGUUCCCUGUGCUCGCCUAGCAGCACAGGCACCUUCCUGGUUCUUGUGUGUCACCAGGCUUCUCGCCAGGGUUGCUUUAUGGCUCAAAACGGGCACUGGGAUCCUGUUUUAUUGUCCACCUUGGAUCCUUGGAGAACGAGAAACGAGAGAACAUGGCCAGUCUCCUAGUGGGCGGCAUCCAAGCUGAGCCCUCUCCAGGGGUUUUCCAGAGUAAUAGGCCAGGCACACGCAGGCAGAAAGGCAUGAGAAGCAAGCAGUGGGAAUGGCGGAGGGAGAGUUAGGGAAGGCCAGCGGGUAGAGGAGCAGGAGCUGGCAGGGUGGCAUCUGGCUGUUGAUAUCAAAGGAACAGGACUGUAAACCCAAGUUGGUACAGAUGCCACCCUGCUCCUCUUCAGUAACCGGGCUGCAAGGUGGUUCCUCACAACCUCUUUCUCUUUCUUCCCCAGUUUCUAAGAGGGACUGAGGCCUCUUCUCUCAGCAUGCUGCAAACCUGUGGUCUCUGAUACUAACUCCCUCCCCAAUCCUUGUUGUCUGACUGUACUAUGUAUGAUGUCUUCUCUUACUCUGUAUCUCUUUGUACUCUGUAUAUCAAAAGCUGCUGCUAUGUCUCUCUCUUCUCUCUGUCAUACUCUCUAGUAUCUAAUGAUGUAUUUAGCAAUUUCUAAGCAUAGUAUAUACCCUCCUCAUUUGGGGCCAUAGGGAGGAGGGUCAGUGUUUCUUCUUCCUCUCCUAUAUGCAUCUCUCACACUGAAUGGUGUUAGUCACGGAGAUGAUAAAAGGAAAAUGGGAGCUAGAGGGCUGUGAUCCUUCACAAACCCACACACACACGUGCACGCACACAAAGCCUUAAGCAGAAGAAUGUCUUAGCGUCAUGAGAAGAUACAGAAAUAGACUCUUCCUCCCUCCUCUUCCACAUUUAGCACAGGGGAGGGUAAAAUGGAAGGACUGCUUAAAUUAUACGGUGAAUUUUCUUCAGACACCCCUCACCCAAACGGAGGGGUUCUGGGUGUGCACCUCUGCCCCCCGAAGUCUGCCUUUUGCCUCCCUCUUCCUGUGCCCCCUGGACAACCAAGAACAUGGAUUGCUCAAGGGACCACUUCCCUUUCUCCUCAAAACUCCUUUUGGUAUUCUCUACCCCAGAGCUCAUGACCAGAACCCAAAGCUGCUUAAAAUUAUUUUGAAAAAUUGAGGAGGCCAACCCAUUUCCAACAAUCUGUCAAAUGGUUGCUCAUCUGUCCACGGUGAUAGUUAUAGCCAAGCGUAAGCAAAAUGAUUCCUUCUUUGGCUUUGGGGGUAAACAGACUGGAACAUUCCUAAGUAUUUUUUUGCCACAGUGAUGGGCUGGAUUCAUUUCUCUGUCCCAUAUUGGGCUGCAUGUUCUUCCCAUCUCCACCUUUCGGUUUGGGGGCUUCCAGUUCAUUGGCAAAAUAGGUAUCUCGAAAUGCCUUCCUUUCAAGCUAGAGCCUGACUUUUCCCCGAUGAUACACAUUAAAAAAUGUUUUUUUUCCAAAAAGAAUUCCCUCUGUAAUGUCCUCAUCUGGUAUUAAGUGCACUUUAAAGAAAAGGGCAGGGCAGAUUUUCCAGAGGUGGAUGAGCCCAAGGGCUUGACCCAGGGGGCUCCCAUACUCCCUAUGGAAUUGACAGGACUAUUGUUUUGUUUUCCUAUCCUGUCCUACCACAUGGUGCUAAGGUGGCUUUCCAGGUAACUGCAGGGAUGGAGAGUGGAGGUCACAAGCCAGUCCAAAUCAAGAAAUAUAACCUGGUGUCCAGACAGCCAGUCUUAUCUGGGAUGGAAGAACAGGGUAGCAGGGCAACCCAUCACCUAGUUUCUCAGUCAGGAAAGGAAGCUCAGUGUGAGUGUCAGCUGGUAAAUACAGCCUGUAUUGGCCUGUGACUCCUUCAAGGGAAAAAGUCCUUUCUCCCUUUACCUGUUAGGCCCUUUUUAGCAAUUAAGGAGAAAUGCAGGGAAAAAAAUAUAUAUAUAUACCAGAGGGGUGUAGAAUAAAUCCAAGGCGGUGAUAUUCAAACAUUUUUCAGAACCAAUCUUAUAUAGAACCCUGAUAUAAAGAAUAGCUAAAAGUGACGCAGACCUGGGCAGUUUGCAUUUUUGUUGUUUGGUGGAAAAUGCUUCACUAGUUGAGGAGCCCUUGAACAGUCCUUAAGAGACCCCAAGGAUUUUGUAGAGUAGAUUGAAAACCACUGCUCUGAGGAAAGGGGUUCAAUCUGGCUCUCCUGCCCCAAGCAAAGAGGGAAAGGGUGGGGUUGGUGAGCCACACUGCCUCCAGAUGCAAGUGGAGAGGAAGGAAGAUACCUGUGCACCUGGAGACUUGUGCUAAUGUCGGCCAGCAGGGCGCCCACGAAUCCAGUGAGCUUUAUGUAAUCUUGCCACCAAAUGACUCUUUUAAAAACACAGAAGAAAAUGUGAAGGUAUAGGGCAGAUGAGGAGAGAGGUGACAGAGGGAACAGCCUUCUUUUUAUCAAGAUGUAAGGGAAAUGUAAUUCACUUACAUAAAUAAGAAACGACACACACACAAAGCCUUCACCAGAAGCUUCACUCCACAUCCUCCUCCUCCCCCUCCUCCCACCCCCCUCACCACAUUCCUUUCAGAGAGCCAGGGUCUCCACAAGGGGCACCUGGCCUGCCCCCUCACAUCUGCCAAAAUGUUGCAUGCCAGCGUGAA